UGUUUUAGGGGCGCGCGCCGCAUAUGCGCGGGCGUAGGCAGCGUUGUUGUGGACGCGCGCGCGCGCACUCUUUUCCGCCCGAGCCGCGCGGAGCGAGAGCGCGUUUCGACCGACGCACAGUCGGAAUCCGUUUAGAGCCACACACACACGCGCGGAGAGAGAGAGAGAGAGGGAGCGGGAGCGCGCGCGAGGCCUUGACAGGAUACAGCGCGUCUUUCAGGGAAACAAGCGGGCGGGAAAAAAGAAGGGAGAAAAACAAAACAGACACGGGUGAAGAAACAGCCGAGAGCUCGAGGGAGAAACGCCAGUCAGUGUCGAGGCGCAGCAGUCGGUGUCCGCGCGACGAGAAGGCAGGAAGAGGCGCUGCGGGAGGCGCCAUGGCGGAUGCGAGCGGCAGUACUGCGGCAGUCGGGGCCGCGGACUCGAGCGGCGGCGCGCCCGGGCCUGGGAACGCUGCGGCAGCAGCCGGGGCGGCGAGCGCCAAGCCGGGCCUCGAGUCCGUCAAGGGGCAGAACUUCGACGUGGGCCCGCGGUACACGGACCUGCUGUACAUCGGCGAGGGCGCCUACGGCAUGGUGUGCUCGGCCUAUGACAACGUGAACAAGCUGCGCGUGGCCAUUAAGAAAAUCAGCCCGUUCGAGCACCAGACGUACUGCCAGCGCACCUUGAGGGAGAUCAAGAUCCUGCUGCGGUUCCGCCAUGAGAACAUCAUCGGCAUCAACGACAUCCUGAGAGCGCGUCACAUCGACAACAUGCGGGACGUCUACAUAGUGCAGGACUUGAUGGAGACCGAUCUGUACAAGCUGUUGAAGACUCAGCAGCUGAGCAACGACCACAUCUGCUACUUCCUCUACCAGAUCCUCAGGGGCCUCAAGUACAUCCACUCUGCUAAUGUGCUGCACAGAGACCUGAAGCCCUCCAACCUGCUCAUCAACACCACCUGUGACCUCAAGAUCUGUGAUUUCGGGUUGGCUCGGAUCGCCGACCCGGAGCACGAUCACACAGGCUUCCUGACGGAGUACGUGGCCACGCGCUGGUACCGCGCCCCAGAGAUCAUGCUCAACUCGAAGGGCUACACCAAGUCCAUCGAUAUCUGGUCGGUGGGCUGCAUUCUGGCGGAGAUGCUCUCCAACAGACCCAUUUUCCCAGGGAAGCACUACCUGGACCAGCUGAACCACAUUCUUGGCAUCCUUGGCUCCCCAUCACAGGACGACCUGAACUGCAUCAUCAACAUGAAGGCCAGGAACUACCUGCAGUCUCUGCCCCAGAAACCCAGCAUCCCGUGGAACAAACUGUUCCCCAAGGCCGACAGCAAAGCUCUGGAUUUGUUGGACCGCAUGUUGACCUUCAACCCCAUCAAGCGAAUCACGGUGGAAGAGGCUCUCGCUCACCCUUACCUCGAGCAGUACUACGACCCCUCCGAUGAGCCCGUCGCCGAGGAGCCCUUCACCUUCAACAUGGAGCUUGACGACCUGCCCAAGGAGAAGCUGAAGGAGCUCAUUUUCGAAGAAACGGCCCGCUUCCAGGCCAACUACCAGGGCUCCUGAGGGACUGGAGGAGGACGGUGGAGGAAGGUGAGGCGGCGCUGACGUGACGGCGAGGAUCCACAAGGACGUGAAAAUGAAAGCUGUAACUUGCAUCCAUGCACCAUAUGAAGACAUCCAACCUCAUGUUUCUGUUGAAAUCCUCUUGCAGGCGACCUGGACCCGCCUGAGAACGAUCAGAUCUUUCACCGCGCUUAGCGUAAUGUCUAACUUGGGUUUGACAAAAGUUGCGGACAAGUUCCUAUCAAGUACAGGCUUGGAAAAUGUUAUAUUAACCGUUUUUUCCGAUAACCGCCCUUUAACGAUGCAUUGAGAAGAGCGACAGGUCUAGCUGGCGGCGGCCAAGAGAAUCCAUAAUUUCACGUACCUAAAUGGGAUGUAUUGCAUGCAUAGUAUUUGUUCUGUAACCUGAUGUAUGAUUCAUAUGUGGUCUUGCACUCUGUGCACAUUGCAGCUCUGAAGACAGAUGACAAAGCAGCAGAUUAAAAAGGAUCCAAGUAAUCUACGAAACAUGAUAUACUGUGUUUAAAAAAAAAAAAAAAAGGAAAAAACUGUUAAAUGUUUAAAAGUGUGUAUCGUAAGGAGAAGUGAUGUCUUAAAUUUUUGUCUUUGGGGGGGGAUAAUUCACCAAUUGGAAUUUUUUGGUAUUUUUGUGCUGAUAUGUAAUUCCCUGGACCAACCAGCUCCAUGUUUCUCACGCCUGUCCUCUGCUUUCUCCGUGGGGCUCCGGUCCAUCACUAAACGUGCACAUUGCUGUUUGGACCCUUCUCUUUAGUUUUUUUUUUUCUUUUCUUUUCUCCAGUCGAAAUACUUGACAGAAGAAGGGGAUGCGUUUCGUCCGUAUACAUUUAGUCAUUAAUUUUGUUUGUCGUUAGAGUAAGUUUUCACUUUUUUAGGUUUAUGGAAUUUACAUUUGAGAAUAUAUAACACCUUUACAUUCAUUUUAUUUAAAGAAAUGAGAUUUUAUUAUUAAUGGGCUUUGUGUAUUGAAAUUUUCUUGAAAUCAUUGGUGAGUUGGUCACACGGUCAGUGUUAGUGCUGAGUGCGUCUGUGUACAGCACUCCCGUUACUUUCACUGGUGCCCAAUGUGCUUUUCAGAUGGAUUAUGUUGCUUUUGGAGAAAUGGUGGAGGGUGUUUUUUUUUCUUUUCUCUUUGGCGCACACAUUACGUUUCCUGUGAAGCUGUACCUCACCCAUCCGCAGUCCUUUCAGGCUCCUCGGUUCAGCAUUUCUGAUGUCCCUUGUGUCACACUUCAGCACUAUGUUCCUGCACCUUUAUAUUUCAGGGAGGUUUUCUUUUUCCCCUUGUCCAUAAAUGUUCUGUAUGUAGUUUCUGCAUGCGGAAAACAUGCUCCUUUAUUUUCCUGCGAGACCCCCCCCUUUUUUUUUUUUUUCUUUUUUUGCUGACUGAGAGGACGCCCAGUUCCUUGUAUCCCUCUGCAAUCUCGUGUAAGAACGAUUUGCCAGCAUGGUUUUGUAAUGCAGUUUAAAAAGCUUUUGUUGCUGAUCCGUUAACUUUCCCUGUGUGUCCAAUUCCUGACGGGCGCUCCUCUCCCGUAUCACGAGUCACCCUGCAGAGGGCCUCUUCGGUGAGC